AUGGUCAAAACACAGGCACGGUCAAACACCAGCAAACGGUAUGUCUUUGUGAAUGAAUCCAAGACUUGGGCAGAAGCUCAGAGAUACUGUAGAGACAAAUACACUGAUCUGGCCACCAUUGAAAAUGACCAACAAACGCUCCAGUUGAUGGACACAGUGAAUGAUGAUUCCAUUGAUUUGGCCUGGAUUGGACUCUAUGAUGAUCUGAACAGUUGGAACUGGACUUUAGAGAACAGUGAUUUCUUCAAGGGUGAAGAGAAAAACUUCAGGAACUGGUAUAACCAAGGACCAGGGACUUCUGGAGCACAAACAUCAUCAUCAUCCCGUCAGUAUCACUUUGUGAAUGAGUCUAAGACCUGGACUGAAGCUCAGAGAUACUGCAGACAGAAUUACUCUGAUCUGGCCACCAUUGAUAACAUGGAGGAAAUGAACAGACUGAUUAACACAGUUAAUGGGAGUUACUAUGGUUCAGCCUGGAUUGGACUGUAUGAUGAUGUGAACAGCUGGAGAUGGUCACUGGAAAACAAUGAUUUCUAUAAGAAAGGAGAAAGAGAUUUCAGAAACUGGUAUCAUGAACCAGACAACAGUGGGGGGAACCAGCUGUGUGUUUACAUGAAUUAUGAUGGAACAUGGUAUGAUUUAUCAUGUGACAACACACUGCCAUUUGUUUGCUAUGAUGACACUGCCACCCAGAGUUACAUCAUGAUUUUUAAUUGGAAAACCUGGUCAGAGGCUCGUAGAUACUGCAGAGAUCAUUACACAGAUCUUGCCAAUGUGAGAAAUCAGACUGAGAACCAGAGGAUCCUUGAGAGAACAUAUCAAUAUGGAUAUGGAUAUGGACUCUGGAUUGGGCUGUACAGAAACAGAGUUUGGUCAAACAGACAGAAUACUACAUAUCAAAACUGGAGGCCACAAAUUCCUGGAUUACAGGCACAACCAGAUAAUGGCAAUAAUCAAAACUCUGAGUAUGGAUAUCAGCACUGUACUGCUGUAUCAUUCAAAUAUUCAGGCAGAUGGACAGAUGAGGUCUGUGUAUCCAGCAUGCCUUUCUUCUGCUACAGCAGAACCUGCACACAAUCAUCAUGCACCCGUCAGUAUCACUUUGUGUCUGAAUCUAAGACCUGGAUUGAAGCUCAGAGAUACUGCAGACAGAACUACACUGAUCUGGCCACCAUUGAUAACAUGGAGGAAAUGAACAGACUGAUUAAAACAGUACGUGGGACUUACUAUGGAUCAACUUGGAUUGGACUCUAUGAUGAUCUGAACAGCUGGAGAUGGUCUCUGGAUAAUGCAGCAUUAGAGGGAGGUUUUAAAAGCUGGUAUGUUCAGCAACCAGUGAACUCAUAUGGACAGAGUCUGUGUGUGUACAUGUCAUAUUAUCAUGGAACGUGGAGUGAAGCCCCUUGCUACUAUACAUUUCCAUUUAUUUGCUAUGAUGGACGAGUGAAUGCUAGUACAAGUUACGUGUUUGUUUACCAAUAUAAAACCUGGAGUGAAGCUCAGAGUUACUGCAGAGAACAUCACACAGACCUUGCCAGUAUCAGGAAUGAGAUUGAAAACUACAGGAUUCAGUCAUUAAUUUUAAAUUAUUACACUUUUUGGAUUGGACUGUACAGAACCAGAUCUUGGUCAGAUCAGAGUAACUCUUCAUUCAGUAACUGGAGGACAGGACAACCAGAUAAUGCUGGAAACAGUCAAUACUGCACUGCAGUGUCAUUUAGUGACUUUGGGAACUGGACAGAUGAAAACUGCAACUUUGCAUUACCUUUCAUUUGCUACAGUGUGUCAUCGUUGGUAUCUUCCCGUCAGUAUCACUUUGUGUCUGAGUCUAAGACCUGGACUGAAGCUCAGAGAUACUGCAGACAGAAUUACAUUGAUCUGGCCACCAUUGAUAACAUGGAGGAAAUGAACAGCCUGAUUAACACAGUUAAUGGGAGUUACAAUGGUUCAGCCUGGAUUGGACUGUAUGAUGAUGUGAACAGCUGGAGAUGGUCACUGGAAGACAAUGAUUUCUAUCAGGAAGCAGAAAGAGAUUUCAGAAACUUCUAUCAUGAACCAGACAACUAUGGUGGGAAUGAACUGUGUGUUUACAUGAAUUAUGAUGGAAACUGGUUUGAUAUGGCAUGCGACAACAUGCUGCCAUUCAUUUGCUAUGAUGGCAGAGAGACUGCCACACAGAGUUACAUCAGAAUCGGGGACUGGAAAAACUGGACCGAGGCUCGUAGAUACUGCAGAGAUCAUUACACAGAUCUCGUCAAUGUGAGAAAUCAGACUGAGAACCAGAGGAUCCUUGAGACAGCAGGUGGAAGAGUCUGGAUCGGCCUGUACAGAAACAGGAUUUGGUCAAAUGGUCAGAAUACCAAAUAUGAAGAUUGGAGACCAGCCAUUCCCUACUCAGCACAGCAACCAGAUAAUGGUGAAUAUGUUUUCAGUCAGUGGGGUACCGAGCUCUGCACUGCUGUAUCAUUCAGUCAUUUAGGUCGAUGGACUGAUGAGAACUGCUUAUCCAGCAUGCCUUUCAUCUGCUAUAACAGAACCUGCACACAAUCUUCAUGCACCCAUCAGUAUCACUUUGUGUCUGAGUCUAAGACCUGGACUGAAGCUCAGAGUUACUGCAGACAGAAUUACUCUGAUCUGGCCACCAUUGAUAACAUGGAGGAAAUUAACAGACUCAUUAAAACAGUGCGCAGGACUUAUGGCAAAGCUUGGAUUGGUCUGUAUGAUGAUAUGAACAGCUGGACAUGGUCACUGGAUAAUACAGCUUUGGAUGGAGGAUUUAAAAGCUGGAAUGUCCAGCAACCAGUGAACUCAUAUGGACAGAGUCUGUGUGUGUACAUGCUUUAUAAUCGAGGAAGAUGGAGUGAAGACUUUUGCUCGCAAACACGUCCCUUUGUUUGCUAUGAUGGACGAGUGAAUGCUAGUACAAGCUAUGUUCAUGUUUACCAGUACAAAACCUGGACUGAGGCUCAGAGUUACUGCAGAGAACAUCACACAGACCUCGUCAGUAUCAAAAAUGAGACCGAAAACUACAGGGUUCAGUUAUUAAUUUUUGAUUAUGACACUGUUUGGAUUGGACUGUACAGAAUCAGAUCUUGGUCGGAUCAGAGCAACUCUUCAUUCAGUAACUGGAGGACAGGACAACCAGAUAAUGCUGGAAACAGUCAAUACUGCACUGCAGUGUCAUUUAGUGACUCAGGAAGCUGGACAGAUGAAAACUGCAACACUGCAUUAUUUUUCAUUUGUUACAGUGCAUCAGCAUCAUCCCGCCAAUUUCAUUUUGUGAAUGAGUCUAAGACCUGGACUGAAGCUCAGAGUUACUGCAGACAGAAUUACUCUGAUCUGGCCACCAUUGAUAACAUGGAGGAAAUGAACAGCCUGAUUAACACAGUUAAUGGGAGUUACAAUGGUUCAGCCUGGAUUGGACUGUAUGAUGAUGUGAACAGCUGGAGAUGGUCACUGGAAGACAAUGAUUUCUAUCAGGAAGCAGAAAGAGAUUUCAGAAACUGGUAUCAUGAACCGAACAACAUUGCUGGAAAUGAACUGUGUGUUUUCAUGGAUUCUAAUGGAAACUGGUUUGAUUCAUCAUGUGAAUAUGUGUUCAUAUUUGUUUGCUAUGAUGGUAGAGAAAAUUCCUCUCAGAAGUAUAUCUUGGUAUAUUAUUAUACAACCUGGACUGGAGCUCAGAGCUACUGCAGAGAGACAUACACAGACCUGGCCAGUGUGAGGAAUGAGACAGAGCGUCAACAGAUACUGGAUGUUACACGUUAUUAUAGUUAUUAUGUCUGGAUUGGUCUGUACAGAAACAGACUGUGGUCAGAUCAGAGCAGCAUUUCUUUUACAUAUUGGCUUCCAUUUACUCAAGGUAUUGAUGCACAACCAGAUAAUGGUGUAAAUGUCCCAGGACAGAGGAUAGCCCAACACUGCACAGCUGUGUCUUUACAAUACUUUGGCCAGUGGACAGAUGAGAACUGCUUUGCUAAUUUGCCCUUUUUCUGUUACAGCGGUAAACAAAAAUAAGUUCUAAUUAAAAAAAAUAAAAAAAUAAAAAUAAGCACAGAGGAAAAGAAAAUUCAUUGUGUGUAACUCAACUUUAACACUAAUGCUGGCUCUGUUUUCUCUUUGGUUUCUGGUGGACAUAAUGAACAUCAUAUUGAUGCAUCAUUUCAGAUA